CGCAAGGGCAAAUACUGCUGCUUUAAGAAUUGUUACACUCUAGCCUCACGACUACAAAAGUAAACAUUCAACUUGAAGUUUGCUUGUGCCCUUGCACCGCACUUCACCUCAUAUUCCGCGAUCUCGACCUCAACCAUGAACGCGUUCAUUGCGUCGGUAUCUUCCUUACAGCAAGUUUUGCAGACUGAUGAACAUUGUUGGCGUGUACACUGUUGCAAUCUGCAACGUUCGUCGGCGCAAUAGCCCCUGAACGGGCAUACUUGGAUAAAUUCCCAGUUCAGGAAAAUCAUCAACGCCAGAGGAUAAGAACUCCAACAGCAUAAUACCUGCGCUACUAGUAGGAUCUACCCUCAGAGCUGUGCUCAAACCCUCUCAAUCAACUUAUUGCCAUUGAAGCACCCGUGGGAACUGCCUCCGUGCGAGGAGACAUCGCCAGCCCCUGUUUAGGCAGCCACAAGCAACAAUUUGCUUGGUCGCCAUUAAAGGCUGUGUUGAAACAUUUCAAUCCAGAGGAACACCAUGCCAUCCCUUCUAGACACAGUCUUUGACCCUUCUGGCGACGUCGUGCUGCUACUGCCGAAGAAAGCCCCCGGCUCUACUACUGACACUGCCGAAGCCAAAGUUCAACCGCCGGACAGCACCGAGUUUGUAGGCGAAGAAGAUGCCGGCAUCCACUCCCCGACUGAAGAAGGCGGAGUUGGUUCACCGAGCGGUACAGAGCCCAGAGAUGAUCGAGAAGCCAGCAGCGAGCGCUCGUUCGACGACCUUGAGCCAGACGACUUUAUUGAAGUGACAGUCUCGUCAAAGCACCUUGCCCUGCACUCACGAGUAUUCCGAGCCAUGUUCAACGGCAACUUUCGGGAAAAGGUACAGCCAGGCUCUCAGCAACCGAUCAAGGUGCCUUUGCCUGAAGACAAUCCUGAAGCAAUGAUGUUGAUACUGGCGAUUGUACAUGGUUUCACAAGGAAAGUUCCCCGAAAAGUCAGCAGGGAUAUGUUAUUGCAGAUCGCGCUGUUGAUCGACAAGUAUGAAAUCGACGAGACUCUGGAGCUUUUCACGCACAUGUGGUUCAAAACCCUGAAGAGGAAAUCCGACAUGGAAAAAGCCUCUAGCUUGUCCGAUUGGAUAUACAUCUCGUUCGUGACCAGGCAAGAGGUGACCUUUAACCAACUGACCACGAGAGCUGUCAAUAUCUCACCUGUCCCCCGGGGAAAGGUCGCAUUACCCGAUUUCAUCGGAGACCGAACAGAAGCGUCUCGAUUAGAGGCGAUCCAAAGUUACCUUCAAGUCCUAGAACGUUUUAUCCAAACCUACCAAGGCGCAGGCGCUGAAGUGCAGUGUUCUAACCAGCAGCAUUGUGAUGAUAUGGUCCUCGGCAAUCUGAUCCUUGAGUUGACUUCUGUUGGGCUUUACCCCCUGCCACGAGCGGCCUCCGUUGCCAUGUCAGUUGCUGAACUGCGUCAGGUCUUACUGGAAGACUUACACUUAACAUCGCUCUGUCUAAUUAGUCCUCCGGAACUUGACUAUAUCCCAGUGACUUGUGAUCUGCGACAGCAGCUCGACACAGCAAUUGGUCAAAUUGACCAACGGACAAGAGGCCCGACUCUGGAAGACUUGUACUGACGUGGUUCGAAUUAGCCGACAAGGUAACUCAACAAAUACUGGAAAAGAAAUUGUUGUUUCUGUUAUGAUCUCUCCCACAGGCGGUGACCAAGUGAGAUACCACUGGAAAUGUGCGACAAUAAAGGAUCAUGAAAUCAAGCCACGUCCGCCAUCGAGUUUUUGCAAGUGGACGGUAAGUAGUAGUCUGCAUGGGCCACUUACUGAGCACGAGUUUCGGCCUGUUCAGCUGGAUGUCAUGAAGCGGUGCAUACCGAAGGCACCUAUCAACCUUGUCUGUCUUUAUGAACCCGAUGUUCAGGCAUCUCGACAUCGAUCAACGCCCCAGAGGGUGUGUCUGUGUUUCACAAGAGUAUAAAGAUGCCUCUUAACGCCCUCUGGCACAUACCAAACCCAACAAGAGCGACAUGCCCGGGAUCUCCUCAACAAGCGAUGACUUUCAAGCGCGGUCAUCCUGUGGAUUGGUCUCUUCCAAACUUUGUUUCUCCAGAGAGCACCGCACCGAAUUCCGGAAGCAGAACCUUCGCCGGCAUAUUUGCGUGCCCGCACAUGACUGACCAGACCAUACGAAACGCCGAGUGUCUGGCUCGAAGAUCACUCGCCUAUCUCCGAGCAAAGCCCGGGAAGCCUUGAAAAGCAGGUCUCAUUCGGCCCCAGAUGGAUUCGCCAGGCAAGCCAGGGCUUUGAAGAGCAGGCCUCAAUCCCGCUCAAGCAGCUGGAUAGAGCAUCUUUUCAUAUCAGUUUGGUGUAAGAAACUGCGGCGUCACUCUUUUUUCUCAAGCAGAUAACGGUGCUAUGCAGGAGUCUGGCAUUGAAUAUUAUGGCUGCGUCGUUCUGCAAGUUCCGCAUUCCACCAUGGUUCCCGUGUCAACCCCUUCUACUGAGAUCUUUGAAACUUCUUCCGUGAACUGUACGCCAAUGAAGGGCGCGUAGCAGUGACAACUGAUGACCUCCAUAAUUCCGCCGGGCAGAUUGCCCACUGGGACAAAUCAGACGAGUAGAACUAGAUAGCAUCGAGAUACUGGCAGGAAGUACACAUUUACGCAAGUCCAGGCAAUCACCAUGCUAGUAUUGGCAUCUUGUGUGGUGGUCGCAAGGCUGCGUGGAAUAUAGCGGAGCCUUGUUCGUUCCGA